AUGUUCAUAUUCAGUGCAGUUUGGCCACCAUUACCAUCUUACAAGUCGCGAAGUAAUUGUGAACUGUAUUAUUGCUUGUGCUGUGUGAUUUCAGGCAUGGAUUCAAAACCUAAUGAGCAGAUUAUGCUGACGGAUUUGAACAGUUGUACAUAUGUGAACCAGCGACAUCAAUUCGGAGAAACAACCUCUGCUGAUGUAAAAUUACAAAUAUAUGGCCCAAAUAGAGAAGAGUAUAAGGGAAAUCCCCUACAUCUUCAUUCUGAAACUCUUCAAAACUCGGAAUUUUUUAAGACUUUGUUAUCAGAUCGCUGGUCUUCUGAUGUCCGACCCUUUGAAAUUGAGGUAACCACUUGUCAAUGUUUUGAAAACUAUUUACGAUGCAUUGAGAUGAUGUAUUCUUCUACUUCUUCUCUUCGUUUCUCCGAUGUGGAUGAAUGCUUGUCAAUUUUGUCAGUUGCUUCGGAAUUGUUAGUGAGUAAGUUUAUUCAGCAAUGCAUGACAUAUUUGGAGGCUGUUCCUUGGAAUUCAGAGCAAGAAUCUACUAUUAGAGAUCUAUUGUCCUCUCUGAAUUUGAAUUUGAGCGUCUUCCCUGAUUUCAAUGCAAGGCUUAACAAACAGAAGAAUGAGUAUUUAGAUUUUGUGGGAGAGAAUUUUAAAGCAAUGUUAUCUUUUCUUUCCACUGAAGAGCGUGCCGAUGAUAAACAACCAAAUAUUCGAGAAGCAGUGGGCAAAUUUAUAGUAGAGAAUUUGCAGGGAGAUGCGUGUUCAAGUUCAGGCAUUGCAGAUAUGUGCAGGCGCAGCAUUUUAGAGGCGUUGAAAUUUAACAUUGUAUUUAUUCGUAGCCAUAUCGAUGUAAGUUUUAAUGCUACCAAGAGAAAAAACGGGGCAAAUGAGGAACAUAGUCAUUGUGUUCUGCUCUGGCCCUUCAAAGUAAUUGAACGCUGUGAUCCAACGACCAUGGAAGCCGCUGUGAGGAUAUUAUGUGAAAACUUGAAACCUUCCAAUAUCAGACCAGGGAAUGUAAACCGCAGGAAAAUUAUGUUGCCUUUUCUGUUGGGGUGUCUGGAGGCUCUGGGUAACGGGAAAAUAAUUGUUGAACGAAAGCUUCGUGUUGGUUUUGUUACAACAUGGUUACCAGUAAUGGCGGAAUUGAUUCACAAUGCUCAACAUGGCCCCCCAAACGUGAAGGAUGAUGAAGAGUUAAAGACCCGGUUUUGCAGGGGAGUGAUUAAUGUUAUGGAACCCCUCCCUUUGGAUGAUUGGAGAGGCAUUUACAAAAUCUGGAUACGUUGCUGUGUCAGUUAUUAUAUUGACUUGAGCAUACCGUUUGCUUGGUCCUGCAAGCUACUGCAGAAAUUACAUGAUUAG